GCACGCGAUGCUGCCCCUCCUCACCACGACAUGCACCGCCUUCCACGCUCCCGCGACCGCCGUUCACGCUGGCUCCUGCGUGCCGCCGGCACGCCACGCUGCCGCCAUCUGCUCCUCCACCGGGAGCGCAGGCCCGCUCAUCCGCUCCGCGUUCCUAUCCCUCAUCGCCGGCCAGUCCGCCUUCGCCCUCGCCGCCGAGGUGCCGAGCCUGUUUUCGUCCUCGCCGGACAUCUUCGGCACCCUCUUCGACGCUGGCUUCCUCUUCUACAGCGGCCGACUCCUCGCGGGCCAGGCCGGCCUCGUCGGAGGCGAUGAGGCGCUCGCUGAGAAGCUGGCCGGCCUCGACUGCACCUGCACGCUCAGCAUCGGCCGCGAGCCCGGAACGUGGAUGCCCAAAGAGUGGGGCUCGUCCGGCGCCCGCCUCUCGCUCCCGCUCCAACUCCGCUUCUCGGAGGAGACGGCGGACCUCGGCUUCCCGGGCGAGGAGAGCAUGACGGGGCGCACCGCGCGGCAGCUCUGCUGCCCCGGCGGCGGCUCCUUUGUCGGGCAGGCAGGCACCGUCCGGGUGGAGCCUACGGGCGGCGCGUGGAGCGUCAAGCCGACCCGGCAGCCUGGCGUCGGCGAGCUGCGCUUCUUCCUCGACUUCCCGACCGAGGCGGCGCGCAACGACGUGACGCUGCCCGCGGGGCGGGUCUUCUUCAGCGGGACGUGCGUCGACCCCGAGCUGGCGCAGGCGCUUGGCCCGACGCCCGGAGAUGUGUUCGUGGCGCCGGGCAGCGGCGUGCGCCUCUUUGGCGAAGGCGGCGUCACCACAAAGCGGACUGACGCGCGCAACCUGUACGGCGCGCUCGGCGAGACCUUCCUCAUCCUCGGCCGCUUCUCGCUCGGCCCGCCGCCGCCGCCACAGGCGUCCGAGGACGAGACGCCGCAGCAGCGCGCCGCGCGGGAGCGCGCCGAGGACGAGGCGCGCGGGCGGGCGGUAUGACCGGGCGGUACGACGCGGAUUGGAGAAAGCGGAUAGAAAACAAGAACACAACGCACUCCUCUCUCUCACAUGACAAGCGAUCCAACGACAUUGUGGAUUGGAAAGAAAGAAAAACUGCA